AUGGCCUCAGAAGACCGUGUCGCCAUCAUCAUCGGAGCCACGUCGGGUAUUGGAUCCGAUUUAGCCAAACGCCUCUGUACCAAAGGCUGGAAACUAGCCUGUACAGGCCGACGCCAAGCAGCCGGAACGCAACUUCUAUCGGAGCUCAAUACUCAGAACGCAGAAUUCUUUGCAGCAGACGUCUCAAAAUAUGAAGACUCAGUCGCGGUCUUCCAAAAAGUAUUCAAACUCUGGGGUCGUAUUGAUGCUGUCUGCGUGAAUGCGGGAAUCGUCGACAAGUCUUCCGUCUAUAUCUAUGACUCGAAGAACAAGUCCAUUGACGAUGUUCCCCCAGCACCGGAUAUGUCUGUUGUUGAUAUCAACUACAAGGGAGUUGUUUAUUGCACGCAGCUAGCUACGCAUUUUAUGCGGUACAAUUCUGUACCUGGAGGGCGGAUUAUUAUAACCAGCAGCAUUGGCAGCGUCUUUCCCCACGAGUCUUAUCCAGUUUACUGUGGGACUAAAGCGGCAGUCAAUCAGUUUGUUCGGGGUGCUGCUCCGUUGUUGAAGCAGAAGGAAAAUAUUUUGCUUAAUGUUGUUAUGCCGGGUAUUGUGCAGACGCCUAUUGUUCCUCCCGAGAUGAUUGAGGCUGUUUCGCCUGAAUGUAUUACUCCUGUUGAGACGAUCUUGAAGGCCUAUGAUGUCUUCUUGGAAGACACAACUGGUAUGGCAGGGCAACUGCUUGAGGGUUCGGCCGAGAAAUUGAUCUACUACCAAAUGCCCGAGCCGGGUAACGGUCGUAUAACUGAGCGGGCUGUUACGGUAUGGGAGCCCUUGUUUGAGAUGAUGCACGGUGAGAAGUCCGGACUUCCUGGAGCAAUCCCUUAG